GGAGGCGCGCGGUAAGAGCCGGAGGGGGACCGCCGCGGAGCCCCGGCUGGGAGGAGCGCGAGGCGUGAUCGAGGGGUAUGGUUGGCAUGGAAUUGAAUUUCAUCUGUCUGUGGGAGUUGUAAACAAGGUGCAGUUUCGCUUGAUCUCUGUAGUUGCCCUUGGAAAUACCAAAAAAUCCCCUAUUUGGAUGUUUUGCUGGCUGAGGGAAUUGACUGUUGUCAUCUUACUGAUUGCCAUCACGAAAGCCAAAGUGGAUUUCUCCAGUGUAGUGUGCCUGCCCCCUUCCGUCAUUGCUGUGAAUGGGCUGGACGGAGGAGGGGCUGGCGAAAACGAUGAUGAACCAGUGCUGGUGUCCCUGUCUGCGGCCCCCAGCCCCCAGAGCGAAGCUGUUGCCAAUGAACUGCAGGAGCUCUCCUUGCAGCCCGAGCUGACCCUAGGCCUCCACCCUGGCAGGAAUCCCAAUUUGCCUCCACUUAGUGAGCGCAAGAAUGUGCUGCAGUUGAAGCUCCAGCAGCGCCGGACGCGAGAAGAACUGGUGAGCCAAGGGAUCAUGCCGCCUUUGAAAAGUCCAGCUGCGUUUCAUGAACAGAGAAGGAGCUUGGAGAGGGCCAGGACAGAGGACUAUCUGAAACGGAAGAUUCGUUCCCGGCCGGAGAGAUCGGAGCUGGUCAGGAUGCAUAUUUUGGAAGAGACCUCGGCUGAGCCUUCCCUCCAGGCCAAGCAGUUAAAGCUAAAGAGAGCCAGACUGGCUGACGACCUCAACGAGAAGAUUGCACAGAGGCCGGGCCCCAUGGAGCUGGUUGAGAAGAACAUUCUGCCUGUGGAGUCCAGCUUGAAAGAAGCCAUCAUUGUGGGCCAGGUGAAUUACCCGAAAGUAGCGGACAGCUCUUCUUUCGACGAGGACAGCAGUGACGCCUUAUCCCCUGAGCAGCCUGCCAGCCAUGAAUCCCAGGGCUCCGUGCCAUCGCCCUUGGAAGCCCGAGCCAGCGAGCCACUGCCCAGUGCCACCUCUGUAUCCCCUACUCAGGUUGUGUCUCAACUCCCAUUGGGCCCGGAAUCCGGAGAAACACUUUUCCUAGCAGAGCAGCCACCUCUGCCUCCCAGCCUCACCAACGGAACCACAGCCCCAGCGGCCAAGCCCACCCCGACGCUCAUUAAGCAAAGCCAACCCAAGUCUGCCAGCGAGAAGUCGCAGCGCAGCAAGAAAGCCAAGGAGCUGAAGCCAAAGGUGAAGAAGCUCAAGUACCACCAGUACAUCCCCCCGGACCAGAAGCAGGACAAGGGGGCGCCCCCCAUGGACUCCUCCUACGCACGGAUCCUGCAGCAGCAGCAGCUCUUCCUGCAGCUGCAGAUCCUCAACCAGCAGCAGCAGCAGCACUACAACUACCAGACCAUCCUGCCCGCGCCGCCCAAGCCGGCCGGCGAGGCCCCUGGAAGCGCCGGGGCCCCCCCAAUACGCAGCCUCUCCGCUCCCAGUAGCGGCUCCAGCUCGGGCGCUCCGGGGCCCAGCGGGCUGGCGCGGCAGAACAGCACCUCGCUGAGCGGCAAGCCGGGAGCCCUGCCCGCCAACCUGGACGACAUGAAGGUGGCAGAGCUGAAGCAGGAGCUAAAGCUGCGGUCACUGCCCGUCUCAGGCACCAAGACGGACCUGAUCGAGCGUCUGCGCGCAUACCAGGAGCAAGUCGGCCCUGCCCCAGGAGCCCCCAAGGGCCCUGCCGCCCCCUCCAUCCUGCCCAAGGCUGGGGAGGUGGUGGUCGCCUUCCCGGCUGCCCGGCUAAGCACAGGGCCUGCCCUGGUGGCCGCAGGCCUGGCCCCAGCCGAGGUGGUGGUGGCCACGGUGACCGGCAACGGCGUGGUGAAGUUCGGCAGCACGGGCUCCACGCCCCCCGUGUCUCCCACCCCCUCGGAGCGCUCCCUGCUCAGCACGGGCGACGAGAACUCCACGCCUGGGGAUGCCUUCGGCGAGAUGGUGACCUCACCGCUGACCCAGCUCACCCUGCAGGCCUCGCCGCUGCAGAUCCUCGUGAAGGAGGAGAGCCCCCGGGCCGGCUCCUGCUGCCUGAGCCCUGGGGCGCGGGCCGAGCUUGAGGGCCGGGACAAGGACCAGAUGCUGCAGGAGAAGGACAAGCAGAUCGAGGAGCUGACGCGCAUGCUGCGCCAGAAGCAGCAGCUCGUGGAGUGGCUGCGGCUGCAGCUGGAGCAGGAGAAGCGGGCCCAGCAGCCGGCCCCGGCCCCCAGCCCACCGGGCGCCCCCGUCAAGCAGGAGAACAGUUUCUCCAGCUGCCAGCUGAGCCGGCAGCCCCCGGGGCCCGUUCACCCCUUCAGCCCCAGCCUGGCGGCCCCCACUGCCCACCACGCAGACACUUGUCCCCCGGCGCCCCCAGCCGUGGUAGUGAAGCAGGAAGCCACGGCCCCGGAGCCCGAGCCAGCCCCCGCUCCGCAGCUGCUUCUGGGCCCCCAGGGCCCCGGCCUCAUCAAGGGGGUCCCGCCUCCCACCCUCAUCACUGACUCCGCAGGGACCCACCUUGUCCUCACCGUGACCAAUAAGAACGCGGACAGCUCCGGCCUGGCCAGCGAGAGCCCCCAGCAGCCCUCAUCCCAGCCUGGUUCUCCAGCCCCUGGCCCACCCGCCCAGAUGGACCUAGAGCAGCCAUCACAGCCCCUCUUUGGGACCCCUGCUUUGCUGCUGAAGAAGGAGCCGCCUGGCUAUGAGGAAGCCGUGAGCCAGCAGCCCAGACAGCAGGUGAAGAAGGAGAACGGUUCCUCCAGCCAGCAGAUGGACGACCUGUUUGACAUUCUUAUUCAGAGUGGAGAAAUCUCAGCAGAUUUCAAGGAGCCACCACCCUCCCUAUCAGGAAAAGAGAAGCCCCCCUCAUCCUGCGGGUCGCCCCUGGCCACACCGUCCCCGCCCUCUGCCGAGCUCCCCCAGGUGGCGCCGCCUCCUCCCUCGGGCUCCCCUGCCCUCCCCGGGCGCCUGGAGGACUUCCUGGAGAGCAGCACGGGGCUGCCCCUGCUGACCGGCGGGCACGAGGGGCCAGAGCCCCUCUCCCUCAUCGACGACCUCCACAGCCAGAUGCUGAGCAGCUCUGCCAUCCUGGACCACCCCCCUUCACCCAUGGACACCUCGGAAUUGCACUUUGCCCCUGAGCCCAGCAGUGUGAGCCUGGACCUGGCCGACGGCCACCUGGACAGCAUGGACUGGCUGGAGCUGUCGGGCGGCCCCGUGCUCAGCCUGGCCCCGCUCAGCACCACCGCGCCCAGCCUCUUCUCCACGGACUUCCUCGACGGUCACGACUUGCAGCUCCACUGGGAUUCCUGCUUGUAGCUCUCGGGCUGCAGAGCCGGGCCGGGAGGGGCUGGAAGUUGAGGAGCCUCGGGAACUCUGGGAGCCCCACUCCCUCGCCCG